CAGCGGAUUAUUGCCAGUCUCCGGUUUCCUCAAAUGCAAGAACGCGCACAGCAGAUUGACGAAGCCCAUGAGGAAACAUAUGAAUGGAUUCUCCGAGCUCAGGAUGAACAAACGUGCAGGUGGGAUGACCUAGUCACAUGGCUAUGCUCCAGUACCGAAACAAGAAAGAUUUACUGGAUAUUUGGUAAGCCUGGAUCCGGGAAAUCUACGCUGAUGCGGUUUUUGGUAGACCACCUUGACGCGCAAAAGCACAUGCUCCCGUGGGCCAAUGGAUUUCUCGUGAUUCGGGCGGUUUAUUUCUCUUGGAACUCUGGGAACUUACUACAGAAGUCUGUGCAAGGUCUUUUACGCUCGUUUUUGCUGCAGAUUCUUGAACAGAAACCGGAUCUGAUGCCGAUGGUAAUCGAUGAGACAAGAUGGAGCGCUGCUCGGGGGUCUUCAGUCAAUUUACUUGACUGGAGCAACUCAGAACUACUCUCUUCCAUUAAUAGGUGCAUCUCAGCUUCACAGAAACUCUUCAAAAUCCUGUUCUUUGUUGAUGGGCUUGACGAGUUUGAAUGUGCGGAUGAGAUGCGCCAAGACCUUAUCCAAAUGUUGACGAGACUUGCUUGCACAGAAAAUGUGAAGAUGGUUUUAUCAAGCAGACCUUGGAAUAUAUUCCAAGACAGCUUCAACAAUAUUCCCAAGAUACGACUGGAGGAUCUCACGCGAGACGAUAUCAGCCUGUAUGUGCGCGGAAAGUUUUUCGACCAUCCACGAUUUCAAUAUCUGUUUCGUUGUGACCUUGAAACUGCUGAGGCCCUCUUUUUGGCAAUAGCAGAUAGAGCUGAAGGUGUUUUUCUAUGGGUACGGCUUGUGGUACGAGAUUUACUGAAAGGCUUCCGGGACGGAGAUGGCAUUCAUGCUUUAUAUCGGAAACUUGAAGAAAUACCUGUCGACUUGAAUGAUUAUUUUGAACGCUUGAUUACCUCAAUCGAGCCUCAGCACAGGCGAGAAGCGUCGAUCAUCCUACAAAUUGCAUUACACAAAGAACACGGCUUUUAUCUCAGCACAUCCCCUCCGCUUACUUGA